CAGAUUUACCAUUUUAAAGGGCAAGGGACGAUUCAGAGUAGCUGGUUCAGUGCAGCGAUUUCUAGGCCAUAAUUUUUUGUUUUUUAAUAUUUCAAGAAUUUUCUUUUUAUGAUUCAAAGUUUCGAGAUAAAGUAUCUUUUUUAUGUCUAGGUUGGUUGAUUUGAGCAUUCUACAAGGAAAAAUUAGUGGAAGAAUUGGUUUUCAGCUUUAGCCUUUUGUAGAAUAUUCAGAUUAGUCCAAUUAUGAAGCCGUAUCUUUGAAAAAAGUUUUAUUUGAAUUUUUUAGUUUUAAGAUAACAAAUUAUAAAAUAUUCAAUGGCUACAUCAAAGCCAACUAUGUUGGAGAAGCUUGUAAGAAAUCUUGCUGUUUUAUAUCGUUACCACGUUGUGCAAAAAGGGCCGCGUCGUAUGGAAAUGCUUAAAAAGGUUUGGGAACGUGAACUGGCUCCACCCACGCCGAAAGAUUGGCCGCAGAUCAAACAAGAUUUUGCACUUUUGGUCAAAAAAAUCGAGACUGAGGCUUAUCGCGACUUAAAAGUCAAGGAAUUCUUGGUUUAUUCUUUUGUUGGUUUGGAGGUUUUCCUUUGGUUUUUUGUUGGAGAGCAGAUUGGUCGGUGGAACAUGUCAGGCUAUGUUAUUCCAGCAAACUAUCUUGAUCCGGUAUAG